AAUGCAUCCAACACUUGGCAUACCGUCGUGCUCGAAAGACAACGACGUACAUCGUGUCUUCGUCUUCGCGAUAAUGAUGGCCUGCAAUACGGUCCCUAGCCAGUGCUCGUCGAACGGUUUAUCUGGGCUACGCGCGCGUGCGGAAGUGCUACAUAUUACUAAUCGGAACCCAUUCUCGACGUACGAGUCCCAAUCACUGAAGUUCGACCUCCCAAAAACAACCGGAACACCGAUUGCCGUCUCCGAGUUCGGUUGCGUUUCGUUCGUUAUGUAACUAGUUGGGAGUAGAUGUGUUGGGAUCGUGAACGCGUGACUUCGUGCGUACAGAUUUACAGAUCUCUGACGACGCAAAAUGGAAGCCUUCAUCAACGAGAUGGUAGAGCCGAGGGUGCUAGAUUUGCUUGUACUGAUUCUGCCCAAAUGGAAGCUACUGGUGUACAUAUUCAUGAUGAAUGUCAUAAUAUUUUCGCCCAUCUACUUUUUCGGUGUGAUCCUCAUCGACAACGUCGAACUACAGUUGAUCUGCCCUUCGGCAUUGCUGUACGGCUUCAACCUCAUCCAUCGGGCCCUGUUCGUCCGGCAUAAUCUCAACAAUACCCGCUCGAUGCUGGGGGGUAUCGGACUUCUGUGCGUCGGAGUCUCGUCCAGCGGCCUGGUCGCCAUGUAUAGUGACGAUCGAGGGACCAACCAGGCGAUCGUGCUACUCUACAGUGUAGUAGGAGGUUACGGCUAUCACCUGGUAUUCUCCAAAAUGUGGAAAGUCCUAGCAAAGAUCUUCAACGCCAAAACGGAAAUGUUCGUCAUCAAAUUCCUGCAUUCAUUCGGGCAAGCCAUGACCUCGAUGUUUCUGCUUGUUAUUUUCCAUUGCCCGUGGAAGGACUACAUCUUCGGGGCACUGCUUGCACUACUCGGAGGAGUUCUACUCAAUCUCGUUCCCAUUGCCAUCCUUAUCGAGAAAGAGAAGAAUUUUCUGAAGCUUGAUCAGGACUCGUUUGUUAAAAUUACAGAAAAGGGUAACGAAUCGUUCUACAACGACGUGGCAAAGAACUUUACCGGCUUUGAAGCCGCUUUUCCGGUUCAAACAACCACUGAAGCCGAACAAAUGUCUAUGAUGAGUUGGAAAAAUCCAGCCAAUUAUAGUCGACAUGAAGAACUUGAAAUUCCUGUAUUGUUGGAGGGGGAUUGCGAUGACGAUCUGCUAAACCGAGAAGGCAAAUGCUACAAUCACGAUGGGGUAGAGAUACUGGAAAUUAUCAUUGAAGAGGAAGAGGACAGCGUCUCGGAGAUUGGAGAGGUCAUCGUGAACGUGCAACCUGUCAAGGCAGCUGAUAAGACAAAGUGGCUCACAUUGAGCCAGAUACUUAUAGCAAUCGCCAAGCUGUAUCACGGCAUUCAAAUGCGCCAAAACUUUAACGCAAGAAUCGUGAAGUCAUUGCGCUACUCGGUGAAGGAGAUUAGGUUCUACAGUUGUUUGCUGCUUAAAUCCACUGAUAUGUGCAUCUUUGUGCUUUUCCUGACGGUGUUGCCGAGAUUUAUGUCCCACCAUUACUACUCUCGGGGAAAGCCGCGGCAAAUGCUACUAUUAUCGCUCGUCAUUAUCUCAUCUUCGUGGGCGACGUUUUCGCUGUUGCUGCUCUGGUGCGACAUCAAGCUUCGCAAACAGCAAGAUAAGCUACUCAUAUUCAGCAUUCUCUUCAAAGCUUUUGGUUAUUUCUGCGUAUACUCGACCAAGUCCAGCUUCUGGACGGUGUCCGGAUGUAUUCUGAUAGGCGUAGGCCACGCAAUCGCUUGUUCCUAUCAGGAUCUAGUCAUCAAACGGAAGUUCAACGCCCGCCAGUGGAGUCUGGUGAAGGGAUCGCUCUGUUUGCUGAGUGGAUUGUUAGUGGUAGCGACAGCUAGUUUAACUAAUGUAGCAUACAUAUACUGUAGGAUAGAUAACGUACUGCUGACGCUGUUGCUUUUGUACUGCUUCAGUGGGAGUGUUUGGUUGGUGUGCAAUUUUAGGAUAAUAUUUCGAUAGAUCUAAGUCAAUAAACGAAACGAACGAAAAACGUGA